AUGUCUUCACCACGCCCAAAAUCGCCUCGUACUCCCGUUUUACCUAAAAAAGAAGACAAAGAAGAGUCAUUUUGGGAUAAAAUUGGAACAAUUGGUCGCAAAAAACGCAUAAAGGAAGUACAGGAAGUGCAAGCUGAAGGUAAAUACGCGAUCGACUCACCGGGUAGUCCAACAGCACCAGAAAUUCCCCCAGAGGAAUAUAGUUUGCAUGACAAUGAAGAAAGAGCAAUUAUUGAGCCAAGGUGCUUAGAGGAUCCAAGAGUGAAAGACCUGAUUCAAGUUUUGAUUGACUGGAUUAAUGAUGAGCUUGCUGCACAAAGAAUUAUUGUUAAAGACAUCAGUGAAGAUCUUUAUGAUGGACAGGUGCUACAAAAAUUGUUGGAAAAACUAACAGAAACUAAACUAGAUGUGCCUGAAGUGACUCAGUCUGAGGAGGGACAAAGGCAGAAGCUGGCUGUUGUACUGAGAGCAGUCAAUAGGGUACUGUUUGGGACAGCAAAGCCAGUGCAGAAGUGGAGUGUGGACUCGGUGCACUCGAAGAAUGUUGUGUCCAUUUUACAUUUGUUGGUGGCUCUUGCAAGGCACUUCAGAGCUCCCAUUCGUUUGCCAGAGAAUGUAAGCGUUAAUGUUGUAGUGGUGAAGAAAGAUGGGUCAAAUCAACUAUCUCAUAGGACUUACAUUGAAGACAUAACAACUACAUAUGAUGACCUCGGAAUGAAAUGCGAAAGGGAUGCUUUUGAUGCUUUAUUCGAUCAUGCACCGGACAAGUUGCAAGUUGUGAAAAAGUCACUUAUAACUUUUGUGAACAAACACCUAAGCAAAGUGAACCUAGAAGUCUUAGACCUAGACAGUCAGUUCCAUGAUGGGGUCUACCUAUGCCUCCUGAUGGGCCUUCUGGAAGGGUUCUUUGUUCCCCUCUAUGACUUCCACCUGACUCCACAGGACUUUGAUCAAAAGGUCCAUAAUGUUUCUUUUGCCUUCGAACUGAUGCAAGAUGUGGGUCUUGCCAAGCCCAAAGCCAGGCCUGAAGAUAUCGUGAAUCUCGACCUGAAGUCAACUCUAAGAGUGCUUUACAAUCUCUUCACAAAAUACAAGAACAUGGCC